UAACUUUCUAUUUGCAAUUAAAAUUUUUCAUAAAAUCAAUAUGUGGUUUAACUGAAUUUCGUUUUCACUUAUUUAGAAUUAAAUUGUUUAUAAUAAGUCAACUCAACAUUAAAAAUAAGUGCCACGAACUGUCCAAGUGAAGAAAAUCAAAGACAGCAAGAAACUAAACACGACGAAAGUGACAAUAUGAAGAAGAGGCACGAGUUUGAAUUUUUAAAAGCAAAAAAUCGCAUUUGGCAAAAUUUGAAAAGAAAUUUUGAAAAAUUUGCUGGUUUUCAAUUGGAUGAACUUGAAUCAUUUGAAAAAUUCGUCAAAUUUCUUUACCGGCCAACAGAUCCCUCCAGUUUAGGAGUUACACGAGCACUUUUUGGACUCUGCAUGGUAAUAGAUAUCGUUUACGAAAGGGGACUAUCAGAUAUAGAUAAAAAAUGGGGCGAUCCUAAAAUUUGUCGAUUUCCUCUAAUUCAUGGAAUGGAAGCACCAACGCUUCCGUGGAUGACGAUUAUUUACACGAUCAUGUGGUUUGGUGCAUUUGGAAUUAUGCUUGGAUAUUAUUUCAAAAUUGCCUGCUUUUGCUUUGUAUUGCCCUAUUGGUAUAUAUUUUUAUUGGACAAAACUUUUUGGAACAAUCACAGUUAUUUGUAUGGUGUCGUCGCUAUUCUCUACUGGGGAACAGGUGCAGAUAAAUAUUUUUCCUUAGAUUCGUUAACGAAGAAGAAAGAAGAAAAAGUACCAUUUUGGAAUUAUUUCAUUUUACGAUUUCAAUUCUUCCUUUUAUAUUUUCUCGCUGGUUUGAAGAAAACUGAUAUCGAUUGGUUAAGAGGUUAUUCAGUGGUCACUUUAUCAGGACACUGGAUAUUUUACCCAUUUACAGUGUUAUUAACGGCAGAGCAAACAAAUCACUUUAUUGUUCAUCUGUUUGGAUUCAUUUUUGACUUAACCAUUGGAUUUUGGAUGAUGUUUGAUAAAACUCGCCUGCCAGCAAUGCUUGUUUGUACUGCUUUCCACUUAAUGAACACAAGACUGUUUUCUAUAGGAAUGUUUCCAUACACAUGCCUUGCAACAAUGCCUCUUUUCUGUCAUGUCGAUUGGCCAAGAAAAUUUCAAAAGUUGACUACUACAAUGUACCUACCAAAAUGGAGAGUUAACGUUAAGUUGCUUUUUCAAAAAAUAUUUAAAGCUUGUGAAAAAAAUAGACAAGAUAAGAAAAAUGAUGAUAUUCACGAUAAUGAUAAUAUAAUUCAGCAGCAAGAUGACAACAUGAAAGGUAGUGAAAUUAAAGAUUCGGAAUUAAACAGAGAAUCAAGAGAAGAAGAGAAGCGACAAAAUGAAGAAGAAGAAGAAGAAGAAAAGGAAGAAGCAGAGGAGGAAGAGAAACAAAGAGAAGAAAUUGAUGAUCUACCUCCAAAAUUUCUGGCUGAGGGAAUGAAUUCAAACCGUUUGAAACAGUCAGAAAAGAUUUCAAGAAAACAAAAAUUUGUUAUUGUUCUACUAAUUUUUCACGUGGGUUUACAGUGCUUUUUGCCGUACUCUCAUUUCAUAACACAGGGUUAUAACAAUUGGGUUCCUGGUUUAUACGGAUAUUCAUGGAACAUGAUGGUCAAUUAUUGGGACGCAAUUGCUGUGGUAAUCCAAGUACGAGACAAUGUAAAUAAUGAAGAUUACUUUAUUAAUCCCGAUGCCUAUGUUAGAAACAAUAGAUGGUGGAGACACGGGGACAUGGUAAAACAAUAUGCACAUUGUUUAAAGGACAAUCUAAUGAAGGAAACCCAAGUGAUAUUAUCUUCGAACAUAAGCAUUUAUGUCGAUGUAUGGUGUUCUCUAAAUGGGAGAUUUCAGCAGAGAAUGUUUAAACCGAAUGUUGACAUAUUAACUGCAGAGUGGCAUCCAUUAAAACCUGUUUCCUUUUUAGUUCCUCUGCUGAUAAACUUCAAUUUCCAUCGAUACAACUUGGAAGAAAUCGAAAAACAAGUCUACACAUGGUCGAAUUUCUCCGACGUUUACUUCGUGGCUGAUUAUCCUGGUAUGAAAAAAUUAAAUUUCGUCGAUGAAGAAUUAGCAAAUGUCACAUUGACUGUAAUAGAGGGAGAAGUGUCAUACACUGAAGAAGGAGAAAAAAUGAAAGUGAUCAUUUCAAAAGGAGAUCAUGUUCAUGUUUCAAGUCAAGUAUUUCAUCAAGUGGAAGUAAUUAGUUCAGUUCCAGCAUGUUACAUGUACACUUUUCUAAAUAGAAGUGAAUUUUAUCGAAAUAAUGAAAUAAAUAAAUUAUCAGAGAAUCAUUCUAGUCCACCAACAUUAAAAACACUGAUGUAUGAAAUAAAAGAAAAUUUUAAUGCCUGGAUACGAGCUAUCAAACACAUAAACACUGCAUUUAUCAAUAUUUUCUCUAAAUCAUUUUACAAUUGCGACGUAGAAAAUCGUAUAAAUUUUCAUCAAGCACUUCCUUAAUUGUAUAAAUACAAAGUGCAUAAAAUACCGAAGCAUAUACUUCGAA